AUGACUUCGGUCAGGGAUUUGAGGGCCCUCGAAGGCCGGCCUAAACCCGCGGCCAUGUCAGCCAAACGUCCAGUCAUUUUAAAUCUAAUUGUCGGUCCAUCUCUCAGUCUCUCAGAUUUCUCCCUGCCUGUGUCCUUUGAGAACGCUGAAAUCGGACAGUGCCCCAACAUCGCCCCUCCGCCAGCUCCUCUUCCACUGCCCGAGGAAGAGGAGCCCGAGGAGGAAAAGGAGGUGUCGAAGCCUCUCAGUCCUCCUUUGACCCCGACACCAGCCCCAGGUCCUCCUGCUGAGGCCACGCCCCCUCCUGCUGCCACGCCCACUGCUGCAGCCCCGCCCACCGCCAACACGGAGCCCAGCGCUGACUUGGACUCAUGUGCGUCAGCUGUGGCCCCGGCCGCUCUGGAGAAGGCCUAUCAGUUCGGACUGACCAAAAACAGCCACAUGAGCUUUGCCUUUGAAGACGCCAAAGUCAGAGAGAGGUUAAUAUUGGAGUUUGAGCUGAGGACGAAGGAGGAGUCUGGUCUCGUUCUCUACAUGGCAAGAAUCAACCAUGCUGACUUUGUCACCAUCCAGAUCAAGGACGGACAGGUGUGUCUGGGUUAUGAUCUCGGUCAUGGAAACAUCUCUGGCUGCGUCCCCUUCUCCAUCAACGAUGGGAACUGGCACAAGAUCCGUGUGAGCCGUGUGAAGCAGAGAGGUCUUCUCAUGGUUGAUGGGCGAUACAGCAAACAGAUGAUCAGUCCAAAGAAGGCUGACCUGUUGGACGUGGUGGGACUCCUGUAUGUUGGUGGAUUUCCGACAAACUACACAAGCAAGAGAAUAGGACCGAUUCUCUACAGUAUCAAUGGAUGUAUUCGUAACAUGAAGAUGGUUGGAGGUGCUGUAAGCGCUAAGCCAGGUGCUACAGGCCGCGCUGACGCUGUCAUUGAGGACUUUAAAUUGGACAUGGCCACGCCCUCCUCCAGUCACAUGGUGGGAAGAUGCUUUGUUGCUACGGAGACGGGCACCUACUUUGAAGGCACUGGCUUCCUGAAAGCAGUCUCCUCCUACAGAGUGGGUCUGGAUGUGUCGAUAGCCUUAGAGUUCAGGACCAGCAGAACCAAUGGCGUGCUUUUGGGCAUCAGUAACCAAGCCAACGAUGGACUGGGACUAGAGAUUGUCGAGGGCAAGCUGCUCUUCCACGUUGACAACGGAGCUGGACGAAUCACAGCAGAGCACAUGCCUGAGGGCGAGGGCUUCUGCGACGGCCAGUGGCACUCGGUCACUGCCAAGAAGCUGCGGCACCGCGUGGAGCUGGUGGUGGACGAGAAGCAGAGCCAAUCAGAGAGCCCCAACGCUCGCUCCAACACGUGUGACACAAACAACCCCAUCUACGUCGGAGGAUAUCCGGGUGGAGUUCGGCAGGCGGCUCUCUCCACCAACACGUCCUUCAGAGGUUGUAUGAGGAACCUGAAGAUCACCAAAGCUUCUAAGACCAUGGAGGUGCAGUUCAACAAGGCUCUGGAGAUUAAAGGAGUGCAGCCUCUCUCCUGUCCCGCUGCAGCUGCCUAACUGCUACCUUAGAGCUUCCCCUUUGUUGUCCACUCAACAGAGCACUUCUACAAGGGGCUACACAUGUUCAAAUCUUGCCGCUCUUCUAAUUUCUUUGUUUGGUCUCCUCUGUCGCCCUGCCUUUGACCCAGAAAUGUAUCUCAGUGAACUUUUGAAGGAAGGAUGUCUCGAGCAGAGUAUGGAUAUUCUUUCAUAAUCGUUGACAAUGGACAGAUUACAGUUACAUUUAAUUGACUAAAAUGAUUGCUCCAAAGCAUAGAUGUCUUAUUUUUUGGUUGCCUCGACUCCUAUCUCCUCAUGUCGCUUCCUUGCUUCCUGGGCUCCAGUAAGACAUAAGAAAAGGAGGCAAUGAAAUAAUAAAGGAUGUACAAUCAGAGACAUGAGAACAGCCCUCAGCCUUUAAACCUGCACUUCACAAUGUUUUUAUUUCAGCCCUCUUUGCAAGUUACCUAGUGCCGUUUUGAAGAAGGUAACAGACUUUUAACAACGUUUUAGCACCCUCCAAACGUUAACCCUUACCUUUUCAGUAUGAGACCCUGACUCUAUGUACAUUGUAAGGCUAUGGACAAUAAAUCUUAUCAUGGCUACACA